AUGGCACCAAAAAAGAAAGGAGUUGUUGAAAAACCAAUUUUAUUGGGUAGACCAGGUAAUAACUUAAAAUCCGGUAUUGUUGGGUUAGCCAAUGUUGGUAAAUCCACUUUUUUCCAAGCAAUUACUAGAUCUCCUUUAGGUAACCCUGCCAAUUAUCCAUUCGCCACUAUUGAUCCUGAAGAAGCCAGGGUCAUUGUCCCAUCACCAAGAUUCGAUAAAUUAUGUGAAUUGUAUAAACCAAAAAGUGAAGUUCCAGCCUUUUUGACUGUUUAUGACAUUGCUGGUUUAACUAAAGGUGCUCAUGCCGGUGAAGGUUUAGGUAACAAUUUCUUAGCCAAUAUCAGAGCUGUCGAUUCUAUUUUCCAAAUGGUCAGAUGUUUCGAUGAUGCUGAUAUCAUUCAUAUUAACGACGAAGUUAACCCAAUAGCUGAUUUGGAUAUCAUCAAGGAUGAAUUGAGAUUGAAAGAUAUUGAUUUCGCCAAUACUUAUUUGGAAGGUGUUGAAAAGAUUGCUAAAAGAGGUGGACAAUCUUUAGAAGUUAAACAAAAGAAAGAAGAAGCCGAAUUUGUCAAGAAAGUUAUUCAAAUGUUAGAAGAUGGUAAAAGAAUUGCUAACCAAACUUGGACUGCUAAAGAAGUUGAUGUCAUCAAUCAAAUGUUAUUGUUGACUGCCAAGCCAUGUAUCUACUUGAUCAAUUUGUCCGAAAAAGAUUACAUUAGAAAGAAGAACAAGUACUUGUUAAAGAUUAAAGAAUGGGUUGAUACCAAUUCCCCAGGUGAUUUGAUUGUGCCACUUUCUGUUUCUUUCGAAGAAAAGUUGGCUAGCAUGGAAUCUGACGAAGAAAGAGAAGCUUAUUGUAAAGAAAUUGGUGCUCAAUCUGCCUUACCAAAAAUCAUUGUUGCCAUGAGACAAAAAUUGGACUUGAUUUCCUUUUUCACUGGUGGUCCAGACGAAGUUAGAGAAUGGACCAUUAGAAAAUGGUACACUGCUCCACAAGCAGCUGGUACUAUUCACACAGAUUUAGAAAGAACAUUUAUAUUGGCACAAGUCAUUAAAUAUGAAGAUUUGAUUGAAUAUGGUGAUGAAAACAGUGUUAGAGCUGCUGGUAAAUUAAUGCAAAAGGGUAAGGAUUACUUUGUUGAAGAUGGGGAUAUCAUUUAUAUCAAAGCCGCCGAUGGUAAAGCCCGUUAA